CAACAUGAUUAGAAAUUAGGGUUAGGGUUUUUCGUCUCUUAUACUAUAAGAGGAACUCCCCUCAUCUCAUCUUCGCCUCCACCCCUCAGAGAGAGUGAGAGAGAGAGAGAGAGAUGGUGAAGUACUCGAGAGAACCCGACAAUCCCACAAAGUCCUGCAAAGCCAGGGGGUCGGAUCUUAGGGUUCACUUCAAGAACACCAGAGAAACAGCCCAUGCUAUCAGAAAGUUGCCUUUGACCAAGGCCAAAAGGUAUCUUGAGGAUGUCAUUGCUCACAAACAAGCCAUUCCCUUUCGCCGAUUCUGUAGGGGUGUUGGUCGAACUGCUCAGGCCAAGAACAGGCAACCAAAUGGACAAGGUCGUUGGCCAGCGAAAUCUGCUAGGUUCAUUCUGGACUUGCUUAAGAAUGCAGAGAGCAAUGCAGAUGUGAAAGGUUUGGAUGUCGACACGCUGUUUGUGUCUCAUAUACAGGUAAAUCAAGCCCAGAAGCAGAGGCGCCGCACAUACCGUGCCCAUGGAAGAAUCAACCCCUAUAUGUCCUCACCUUGCCAUAUUGAGCUGAUUUUGUCCGAGAAGGAAGAACCUGUCAAGAAGGAGCCUGAAACGCAAUUGGCUCCUCGGAAAACCAGGAAAGCACAAGUACUCCACAGUGGCGCCUCAUCCUGAGUGACACUAGUAGUAGAAGGAAGGAGUAUUUUCCUUUGAAGUUUCGUCUUUUUUUGAUCUGAAUAUUUUUGAUAUUUUGCUUGAGAUCUUUAUCUUUGGGACGUGUAUUUGAAUCAUUUAUCUGGGGUGCUGCAUGUUGGACCCCAUUAAACCAGCUCUAGUACAUUUUCACAUGCA